UAAGGAAUGACACUCUAUCUUGCCUAUGAUCAGUCAGCCGAACUGUCAGUGUCAAGGCAUUGUCAGUUUUGAAAUAAUUGAAAUUGGAUUGUUGAUUGCAAGAAAUCCAAAAUGCAACCGCAGAUCCUAGUUCUGAAGGAGGGGACGGACCAGUCGCAGGGGCGUCCACAGCUGAUAUCCAACAUCAAUGCAUGCCAGCUUGUUGUAGAUGCGGUACGCACAACACUGGGCCCCCGCGGCAUGGACAAGCUGAUCGUGGACCACAGCGGCAAGGCGGUCAUCUCCAAUGAUGGAGCCACCAUCAUGAAACUUUUGGACAUCGUACACCCCGCCGCCAAGACUCUCGUCGACAUCGCCAAGUCACAAGAUGCUGAGGUGGGAGACGGCACCACUUCAGUGGUGAUCCUAGCCGGGGAGCUCCUGAAGCGGCUCAAGCCGUUUGUCGAAGAAGGCGUGCACCCUCGUAUCUUGGUGCGCGCCGUGCGCUCGGCCGCCAAGCUCGCCGUCGACCGGAUUCGCGAGCUCGCUGUCAAGAUGGAUAACAAGUCGCCUCAAGAACAACGGGACCUGCUCCGCAAGUGCGCCGCCACGGCCAUGGCAUCAAAGCUGAUCCACAGACAAAAGGACCACUUCUCCGCGAUGGUCGUCGACGCCGUCCUGUCUCUGGACGCCCCUCUGUUGCCUCUGGACAUGAUCGGCAUUAAGAAAGUCUCCGGCGGUGCCUUAGAAGACUCAUUCCUGGUGGCCGGAGUGGCGUUCAAGAAGACAUUCUCGUAUGCCGGCUUCGAGAUGCAACCAAAGAGCUAUGACUCUUGCAAGAUUGCGCUGCUCAACAUCGAGCUCGAGCUGAAGGCUGAAAGGGACAAUGCUGAGGUACGUGUGGACAAUGUGAAGGAAUACCAGAAGGUGGUCGACGCCGAAUGGCAGAUCCUCUAUGAGAAGCUUGAAGCGCUGCACAAGAGCGGAGCCAACGUGGUGCUGAGCAAGCUGCCUAUUGGAGACGUCGCCACGCAAUACUUCGCUGAUCGCGACAUGUUCUGCGCGGGGCGCGUGCCGGACGAGGACCUGCGCCGCACGCGGCGCGCGUGCGGCGGCGCCGUGCUCAGCUCUACCCGUUCAAUCCCGGCCGAGGCGCUCGGCCACUGUGCGCACUUCACCGAGAGGCAGAUCGGCGGCGAGCGCUACAACAUCUUCACCGGUUGCCCGGCGGCCAAGACCUGCACGAUGAUAUUGCGAGGCGGCGCCGAGCAGUUCCUGGAGGAGACCGAGCGCUCUCUGCACGACGCCAUCAUGAUUGUGCGGCGCAGCAUCAAGCACGACGCCCUGGUCGCCGGUGGCGGCGCCAUCGACAUGGAGAUCUCGAAGCACCUCCGCGAGUACUCGAAGGGCGUGGCGGGCAAGGAGCAGCUGCUGCUGGCGGCCAUCGCGCGCGCCUUCGAGGCCAUCCCGAGGCAGCUGUGCGACAACGCGGGCUUCGACGCCACCAACCUGCUCAACAAGCUGCGCCAGAAACAUCAUCAGGGCGAGAAAUGGUACGGUGUGGACAUUCUGAAGGAGGACAUCGCGGAUAACUUCGCUAGCUGCGUGUGGGAGCCGGCCGUCGUGAAGAUAAACGCGGUGACAGCGGCCUGCGAGGCCGCCGCGCAGAUCCUGUCAGUAGACGAGACGAUCAAGAAUGUGAAGGGCGGCGACGCCAUGCCCCAAGCCGGGGGCAUGCCUGGGGGCAUGGGGCGCGGCAUGGGCCGGCCGCGCAUGGGUUAAACUGUUUAAUCUAAUUUUUAACCUUUUGGACGCCAAUGACCGAUAUAUCCGCGCAGGUUCAACGCCAAAGACCGAUUAAUCGGUCACAGACCACAGAGCAACGUGCAUAUGCAUAAAGUUCAAUUCAGUUUUGACACUUGGGUGACGUGGCGUCCGAGUGACAGCUUUUGUGUUUGACACGGCGUCGAGAAGGUUAAUAGAGUACUUACUAUUCAUCAUCAUCAUAUCAGCCAGAGGACGUCCACUGCUGAACAUAGGCCUCCAAAGAGUGCCACAAUGACCGAUCUUGCGCCACCCGCAUCCAGCGGACUCCCGCGACCUUCACCAGGUUUUCAGUCCUUGUGGGGGGUCUACCCACGCUGCGCCUUCCGGUACGUGGUCGCCACUCGAGAACUUUUCCGCCCCGAUGGCCAUCGGUUCGGCUGAUAUGAUGAUGAUGAUUUUCUAUUUGUCCGUACCGAAAAUGUUCGGGUAUUUUAACAAAGCCACAAAGCCUUUUAUAACUUUAAAUCCAGAAGAAAAAACAACACGUUUUUGGACAUUUACUGAGCUUCUGGAAAAGUAAAAAAGUUAUAAUUUCUUAAGAUCCCAUCAACUUGCUCACUAGCGCCACUGUGAUCCAUUGUGAUUAUUUAAAUUUAACGAUAGAUAUUUUAAAAAGGGGCCGUUAUGUAUUGUAUUUUGUAUUUACGUACCCUUUGAACACAUUAUAAUAGUUUUUAUGUUGCUCGAUUCGACAAUCUAUGCGUCCAAAGUUAAAACGUCCGUUUUUGUUUUGAGCACAUAGAUCGACGAAUCCAGCAACAUAAAAACCAGUUUGAUGUAUUCAAAAGGUACUUCAAUACACAAUACAGUACUUAGACGCCCCCUUUUUUCAAUAUCUUUCGUUAAAUUUAAAUAAUCACGAUUAUUUAGCAGUGGCGCUAGUGUGCACGUUGAUGGGCUCUUAACACAACCAAUAAUUAAACAAUUUAAAGUAUUACCAUUGCUGGUCAAAUAUUUACUGAAAUGUAAAAUGUUUUAUUUAUAUUAGCAAUGUCGAAGACUUUUCGCGUUAAUACAGAUUAUAUUCUGUUCGAUGCAUUUGUUUGAAUUAUUUUAUUAAUGAUAAUAACGCCUUUAGAUUUCACAAAUGUUUAGGAUGUAAGUUAGUUAAUAAAAUGUAUCACACUACUA